AUGGAUUUUGGGACCGUGGGUUUGGACGGGUUUGUGUGUUUGGACAGCGGCUUUGCUUCUUCUACAAUUGCUUCAGAUCCUGAGGCCAAGCAAAAGUGGUAUGGAUCUGGGGGAUUUCUCAAGCAGGGAAGGUCUGGGACUAGUACUGAAGAUGACUGGAGGGACUUGAAAGUGACCAAAACUAGCGAUGAUUUCUCAGCCUCCAAGGCAAUGUUGCUCCAGAAUAGAAGUCCUUUACUGAGAUCUAAUAGCUCUCUACUAUCUGAUGGUCAGCAGAUGCUAAGCUUCUCUUCACCCAACUCACAAACUGUGGCAUUCCCUUACUAUCUCAACUCAUCAAAUGCUUAUAGUAGAAAUACAGGCUAUGGCUCUGGAGGCUUAAAUGCUUCAAGCAUUCAUGGGGUACAAACAGGGGUUAGAGGUCCAUUUACUACUUCCCAGUUGAUGGAGCUUGAACACCAGGCCUUGAUCUACAAAUACAUGACUGCAAAUGUGCCUAUCCCAUCUAAUCUUCUCAUCCCCAUCAAAAAAGCCCUUGAUUCUGCUGGCUUAUCUACCUUUUCAGGCCUAAGAUCCAAUUCUUGGGGGUGGGGCUCUUUCCAUUUCGGAUUCUCCCCCAACAAUGAUCCUGAGCCUGGAAGGUGUCGUCGUACUGAUGGGAAGAAAUGGCGGUGCUCAAGAGAUGCCGUUGUUGACCAGAAGUAUUGUGAGCGGCACUUGAACCGGGGCCGCCAUCGUUCAAGAAAGCCUGUGGAAGGCCAAACUGGCCAUUCCGUCUCCGGACCCACCACCACCACCACCACCACCACGACUACCACCACUGCUAAGUUGAUGCCAAUGGCUUCCUCCACUUCGGCAUCCAUGAUACCCGGCAGUGGCACAUCCAACAGCCUCAGCCUGUCACGCAACCACCAGUUCAAUAACUUGCAGUUGCAGCCUGGUGCACCUAAUUCUUCUCCAUCCCCCAACCUUGGCAGGAGUUUUCUGAACAAGGAGAACAUGGAUGAUAGAAAUCAAGAUCACACUGGCCUCUCCAUGCUAACUCCAACCAUUGGCCUGAAAAAAAACCCAUAUUCCAUCCCUGAACAGCAGAACCUGUAUGAAGAACCCACAAGGGCAGAAUUUGGGUUUGUCUCCACCAACUCUUUGCUCAACCCUCUGAAUAAAAACUCUUCGUUCAUCAACUACCGAAGCUACGGUUCAUCGGAAGAUCUCCGUGACCAAGAAACCAAAUCACAUCAUUCACUUCGCCAGUUUAUGGAUGACUGUCCUAAAACCCAAUCUGAACACUCAACCAUUUUAUGGCCUGAGAUUGGUCUGCAAUCAGACAGAACCCAGCUCUCUAUUUCAAUCCCGAUGGCUUCCUCAGACUUCAUGUCAGCUACUUCAUCUCCCACCAAAGAGAAGCUUGCACUCUCACCGCUGAGAUUAUCGCGGGAGCUGGAUCCAUCGCAAAGGGGCUUGGGAGUUGGUACAGUCGUCCAUGAUCCAAAUCAAAGGCAAGUAAAUUGGGUCCCUAUCUUCAGGGAGACUUCCAUGUGUGGACCUCUUGGAGAGGUUUUGCAUAGCACUAACAACAGUGUGAACGAUUGUAUGAACACAUCAGUUCUUAACCUCAUGACUGAGGGUUGGGACAGUAGUCCCAGCAUGGCAUCAUCUCCAACAGGAGUCUUACAAAAGACCACAUUUGGAUCUCUUUCUAACAGCAGUGCCGGAAGCAGCCCAAGAGCAGAGAACAACAAGGCACUUGAAGGGGCCAGCCACUGCAAUGGCAUCCUUGGCUCAACUCUCAUGAAUCCUUCCUUGCCUGCUUUGUAACCUUCUAAUCCCAGCCUGAGAAGACAUUAGGUAAUGUUAAAUGAAGUGAGUUUUUACCUCUGCUGACAAACGUUUUCAGUAAGUAGCUUUGAGUGUUUAAAUUUGUUUAUUUUUAUGGUUUUUUAAUCUGUUUAUCUUUUGAGUAUGGCUAGCUCAUUGCAAAACUUGACUAAUGUCUCAUUCUGUAUCAGUUAGUGUGACUUGUAAUUUUUCUUUUAACUGCAUGUGUUCAUGUUUUUAGUAUUGUGUGUCAAUUACCUUUUGCCUUAAUGAAAAGGUGGUCGACUACGAUUUUUAGCCACCUGCAUACAAAAAAGUU